CAGUGGAGAGAGAGUGCCAGAAAUCUGCCAAGUCCUCGUGCCAAAAACUUUUCACCCACAGACGAAUGCGUCCAAGCCAUCUUAAGUCAAGAAUUGAAUCUCGAGGAGUAAUACAUCAAAAAGUAGAUAUUACUAGGGAUUCCCUUACUCAUAGAGGCAGAGUUUUCCAAUAGUGCAAUUCCAGGGCAGUCAGAAAUUGUCUGUGGAAUAAACCCACUGGAAAGGUUCGGGUGGUGAGGAUGGACCGAGCCUCAAGCUCCAGCCCAAGUGGCACUAGUCAAACAUCACAACCUACCCAACAUGAACCCAUCAGCUUCGGCAUUGACCAGAUUCUCAGCGGCACCGAUCAAGAGUCACAGCAGAACUCGAGCAGGAAUAGUUCCGAGAGUAGCAGCACCGCGAGCGGAGGCGGUUACCAUCUCGGCAGCCCAACGGGAGCGAGCGCAACGCCGUACACGACACUAACCGGCACGUUUCACGGUAUCGCUUCACCAUAUGAGGAAUCCAGUCCAUACGGAGUGAACUUGACCCUUGCACCCGGAGGAGUGAUUAGGGUCCCGGCUCACAGGCCCCUGGCCGCGGCCGUGCCUCCACCCAUGGCCAGCGCGGUGCCCGGACUUGGGAGUCUCAGUUUUCCCUGGAUGGACAGCAGUCAACGCUUCGCAAAAGACAGAUUUGCAGCAGCUCUGACGCCCUUUACUGUGGCUCGGCGUAUCGGUCACCCGUACCAGAACCGCACACCACCUAAGAGAAAGAAGCCCCGCACAUCUUUCUCCCGAGUGCAGAUCUGUGAGCUGGAGAAGCGCUUCCACAGACAGAAAUACCUGGCCAGUGCUGAACGAGCAGCCUUGGCCAAAACUCUGAAGAUGACAGACGCCCAGGUCAAAACCUGGUUUCAAAACCGCAGGACCAAGUGGAGACGGCAGACAGCGGAGGAGAGGGAGGCAGAGCGUCAGCAGGCCAACCGGCUGAUGAUUCAACUCCAGCACGAUGCCUUCCAGAAGUCUUUGACUGAUUCAGUUCCAUCAGACCCACUCUGCAUCCACAACUCCUCACUGUUCGCCCUGCAGAACCUCCAGCCUUGGGCGAGCGAGGAGAGUGGCAAGCUUGGAGGAGUGACCGCGCUCGUAUGAGCGCCAGAACUCAACAAGGAAAUGACAUUCUCAUUCUUUUUUUGAUGGACUAGGAUGUUGGUUGACCUUAUCUCCGUCCCGAAAGACUAUUUCAUUACGCAAAAAAAGCGAGGAACUAAUUACGGCCGUCCAACAGCGAGCAAACCCAUAUAAAUAAAAAGGUUCUGCGUUGAACGAGCUUCUGCAGAAUAAAUGAUGGCCGUUUUCUGUGGUGUGUCUGUGCAUACAGAGACUUGUAUCCCCAUUAGGGUCAGUUUCAUUGACAAAGUGACCUUGUAGAAAGCAACAGGCCAUCUCAGCUGACCCUUUUACAGAUCCACUGAUCUUCUCCUCCAUCCUUUCAUUUGCCCUUCUGCCCCCUGUGUAAUUCCUCCACCACUCAGAACUGUAGAAUACAGGAUUAAUGCAGAAGAGGGAAGUAAUGAUGAUUUAAUUAUUUAUAAUGUGAGUUGCACGACCUAAAAUGCCCCCAAUCUGGCCAUUUGUGGAAGUAAAAGGACA